AUGACCAGUUGGUAUUUUAUUGCUUCAGAAACUGGACACGCGCUCGAUGUUAGUGGUGCUGGAAUAAACCCAGGAACACCUACAAUCUUGUAUCCAAUUAAACAAGAUGCUUCUUUGAAUCAAUUGUGGAAAAUUGAUGGCCAAUACAUUGUUAGCAAACAAACCGGAUUCGUAUUGUCGUUAAGCACUUGUCCAAUUAAUGGCCCAAAUUUGGUAGUCAAACCAAAGGAUCUCAAUGAUAAAGGUCAACUAUGGAAAUAUGACAGUAAUAACUUUACAUUAGAUAGCGCUCUUCCAUUCUAUGUUCUAACUGUAUUGGAUCCUGCUAUAGUCAAUCCAAAGUCUCUUGGAUUGAAACAUAUUGAAACUCCGGUUCCUAAAACACAAAGAUUUAUCUUUGUUGAAUCAAUUCAAAUGCAAUGA